AUGAAUAAAAAUAGUGAAUUAAUAAUAACUUCGGAUAGAACACGAUCUCAAGUAAAGAAUAAAGAUGAUUGUGUGGAUAAGUUAUAUGAUAUAAUAUUAAGAGCUGCCCAAGUACCUAAAGGUCCUGACGAGGAAACAUUAGAACGAAUUGAAAAACUUAGUAAUUAUCAAGUAGGCGUAAAUGCGAAUUCUGAUGAUGAAUGUUCCGCCUGUUGGAAAGCAGAACGUAAUAAAAUUCCGGAAUGUAAAAAAAUUCCCAAAUCCGAAAUCAAAUUAUAUGAAAGCAAAACCGAUUAUGAUUUAGCCAGAAACAAAGAAAAAUGCCCUAAUUUAGUGAAUUGCCUUUGUAUUUUAUCGGAAUUAAAGAAGACUAAUGAAAUUUUAAAAAAAUGUGAAUGUUCAGAAGAAAUGUCGGAUGGAAUAAGAAAAGAAAGUAAAUUGGUAACAGCACAAAUUUGUACUAAUCCUAAAACUGUAAAAUAUAUUUAUGUGGAUGACUCUACUAAUCAAAGUAAUAGUUCAAAUUCACCAUCUUCAAGUAAAAGUAAUAGUGGAACAACAAUUGAAAAUUCUUGGAUCUUUGGUAUUACUUUAGGUUUAAUGGCUUUAGUAUUUAAUUUUUAA